AUCUUUUUAAAUGACCAGGUAAACAUGUCUUCAUAGAUAUUGAUAAUUAUUCACCAAAUACCCAGCUAAUAAUAACGCUUUGAGACGACAAAAACGUGAACUGUCGCAGGAAAUGUACCAGACUGUGUUCCCAUCCACCGAUUUGAGCCCAAAUAAAGAUGCAGUCUCGAGGGCCAACGUCCCCAGCAAGACCCCAAUCCAGAUGCUGCAUGAGUAUGGCGCCAAGCAUGGCAAAAUCCCUGCUUAUGUGCUGGAAAAAGCCAAAGGAGAGGCCCACCAGCCAAGCUUCGUGUUCAGUUUGACUGUCGGAGACGUCUGCUGCAAAGGUGAAGGUCCCAGUAAAAAGGCAGCCAAGCACAUGGCCGCUGAAGAUGCACUGCGCAUCCUUCAGGUGGAUACGGCAGCCGUGAGUCUCCCUGUGAAGUCCGAGAGUAACUGUGUUGCGGCAGAAUCAAACAGCCAUCCCAACUCUGUGGGCACACUGCAGGAGCUGGCCUUGCAGAGAGGCUGGCCUCUUCCCGAGUACACGAUGCUAAUGGAGACCGGUCCGCCGCACAGGCGAGAAUUCACCAUGACCUGUGCAAUGGAGUCGCUGUCAGAGACGGCUGCCGCAAGCUCCAAAAAAGCGGCAAAGAAGGCAGCUGCCGAGAAGAUGGUGGCCAAGCUUCAGAGUCUGUCAGGGUCCUCAGAAAUCACAUGGACACCUAAACCGAGGGUGCAUUUCGAGAAUCUGAAGAACUCGUCGUCCGAGAAGAUCUCCUUCCUGAGGAAGAACCCAUUGAGCAUUCCCAACAUGGACUACAUACAGCUGAUGGCCAGCCUGUCGAAGGAGCAGAAUUUUGACAUCGCCUACUUGGACAUUGAUGAGUUGACGACUAAUGGGCAGUACCAGUGCCUGGUAGAGCUGUCCACAUCCCCCGUCACCGUGUGCCACGGCAUGGGCAUCUCCCGCAGCAACGCGCACAACGACGCCGCACACAGUGCUCUCCAGUACAUCAAGAUCAUGGUCUCCACCAAGUAAAACCCACAACCUGCACUGGAAGGUACAUUUUAACACACGAAACACAACCAACUGGAUGGACACCAUCUACGUUCAUGAUUUAAUUUUAUUGUACCUACUUGUGGCUGAAAAUGAAUUGAGUGGAACUGAUUUAGUGGACUGAUCCAGUUCUCCCAAAGUACUUUUUUGUCGUGGCCUAAAAACAGCCGAUACAGUACCAAGUUAUUGUAAAUAAAUAUAAAAAUGCUUGAAACAUGUUUAAAAGUUUUGUAGUUUAUGCAAACAAACCUCACUGGUCGCUCAUAAGAUGCAAAGCUACCACACUUUUUUUUUGUUCCAUUGAGAAGGAUGGAAAAAAACAAAAACAAAGUAUGUGCACUGUACAAAAGUCAGCAUAGUAUGUUCGGGAGAUGUGUCCACGUACUAUUAGACCUUGCUCCCUUAAACAAUAACACAUGUGAAUAUGAGCUUUCCAUUAACUUUCCUGAAACUGUCGCCCCUUCCAACAUGGCCGCCACAUAGGCACGUCUGUUAGCCUGCUGUAAUAUGUACACUUAUCUGAUAUGUAACAGUGGCACAACCCAUAAAUACGUGUACCAAGACUAGUCAAUUCUGAAACGAACAACCAUUGACAACUACUGUACGAAGGGGCUUUUGGAGUACAGUGAACAUUCUUUACUCCCUGUUCAAGCCAGAGUCUGUUGUUUCAGUCUAGGUUCCACAGUACUUGUCAAAGAUUCAAUGUGUGUGUGUGUGUGUGUGUGUUGACAAAAUGUUUACCCCACGCUUCACUGCAACUAUGUGUAUCGGGUCAGAAAAUAAAAGCACUUUCUCAUCCAGU